GGCGAGCCUGGGAACUACCGCUGGCAUAGGCCGGUGUGUCCUGCCGCUAAGAUGGCGGCUCCCUUGGUGCUGGUGCUCUUGGUGGCCGUGACAGUUCGGGCCGUGCUGUUUCGCUCCAGCCUGGCCGGGCUCAUCUCGGAGAGGGUGGAGGUGGCGUCCCCUUUAAAUGCCUGGAAGCGAGGUGAGAGGCCUGAGGUUAGGAGGGGGCGGCGGGGGGUAGGCGGCGGGAGGUGGGCAUCUUCGCCCGCUCCUGGGGUGGCUCCCUCGAAGGAGGGGACCCCAAGCCCUCCUCGUGGGCUGCCUUCUGACGGCCGGACCCAGAACCUCUCGUGGGAAGUGGGGUGGGCGAUCUGCUGCCGCCCUUCGACCUGUGUCCUGGUGCUCAGCGCUCCUUGGGCGCGGAGAGGGUUUCAAAAAGUGCACCCGCGGGAGAGGUUGCCAGAAGGGCUCCUCUUCCCAUUGCAUGGCAGAAGCCUUUCUUCGCAUGGAGAAACAGUACUGUAAUUAAUGGGGGGAAACUUCACCUGUUGAAUUUUCCCCCCUCAAAUUUUUUUAUUGAUUUUCCAAAAAAAAUUUAAACAAACAAACAUAAAUCUCAACCGUAUUUAAACCAAACGUAGUAACAUUGUUAAGCGACUUCAUCGUAUCCUCCUGGUUGAAUUUCAGUGUAUAUCAUUUUAACGGUUUUCCAAAACCAAUAUUCUUAUAAAAUUAACUUAAUCACUUAACAUCUUUCUUUCUUUCCAAUUCAGCAUUAAAUGUAUUAAUUCAUCACAUUACAUAUUUAAAUCCUGGUAUUUGCAGGCUUUUCCAAUUAAUUUGUUGAAUUUCUUUUUACCUGUUCUUCAAGUCCCAAGGGCACAGGAGCUUGCAAAGUAGACGAAACAAAAAUAAGUAACUCUGUUUUCUCUCUGUACAGUUAAUGUCUGCAGAAAAGGGCCACGUGGUAAAAAGGUGUAAAUAGGAAGAGGGCUCUUCGGAGCAACAGAAAACAACCUGCUGAGCUCUAGUUAACUGUUUGCUGUCGUUAAAGGAUUACAAUUAAAGCCAUUCGAAUUUCUUUUUACUUUAUUUCUGUCCUCCUGUAUCCCCGUGAUCAAAUACCACAUAAGGCACAUAGAACAUUCAAGGGGUGUUUACCCAGCUUCUACCAUCAAAAAAACUGGUAGCUAAAAAUAUGAAUUCUCUUUGUAAAACUUCUGUUAUAAAAGAAAUAAUAAUUUGCUUUCUCUGUGUUAGUUAAUAAUGUAAAACUCUGGCAACUAGAAGUAUGUCAUCUGACAACCAGUACGGUACUAUGUACCAGUUAUAUCAGGCAUAGGCAAACUUCGGCCCUCCAGAUGUUUGGGACUACAAUUCCCAUCAUCCCUAGCUAACAGGACCAGUGGUCAGGGAUGAUGGGAAUUGUAGUCCCAAACAUCUGGAGGGCCGGAGUUUGCCUAUGCCUGAGUUAUAGGAAAUGCAUAUGUAUGUAUGUAUGUAUGUACACACACACACACAUAAAAUGGUCAGCAAAAUUUUCAAAACCAAAAACAAUUCAAUUCAAAAUGCUGUUUUUGACCUUUCAAGUGCAUGCGACAGCAAUACCUGAAGGAUCACCUCUCUCCAUGAGGACCAGCCCAUGCCCUGCGAUCAUCAUCAGAGUGUGUUCUCUGUGUGGCCCACCUGAGAGAAGAGUGGAGGGUGGCAAAACAAGAAGGGGCAUUUUUAGUGUUGCCCCGCCAUCUGUAGAAUGCUAUUUUCAGGAAGGUGCUCCUGGUGCCAUUUCUGUCAGUUUUUAGGUGCCAGGCUAAGACUUUAUCCAGGGCUUUGGUUAAUUAAAGUUGUCUCCUGUGGUGGUGCUCAUCAAUUAGUGGGAUGGGUAAGACUUUGCCCGUAUGAAUUUACUCUUGGAUGAGAAUUUCUAUGUCUUGUGUCUUUCAAAUUUACUCUGGUUUUAAAUUGUUUUUAUAUGCUGUGAUUUAUUGUUGUCAAUGUCGCUUUAAGACUUUUCAAUGUAAAAAGCAACUCAUGAAACAGAAUAACUAAUAAAAUAAUAAUAUAUAGGAUAUGUUUAAGUGGUGAAUUUGUGUUUGGAUCUAUAUAAGUGAACCCUCACUAUUUUCAAUCUUGGGCAUUUAAAUAUUUAAACCAAUAACAGUGAUUUUGCAUGUUUUUUUCAGUGGUUGAGGGGCUAGCCUUACUUGAUUUGGGCGUGUCUCCAUAUUCUGGUGAUGUAUUUCAUGAAGUAAGUAUUUAGUGAUUCAUUUUUAUAAAAUAUAUUGAAAUGCUAUUUAUCUUGGAAAUUCUGAAGUCAAGAGGGCAUGGUAACUGAUGUGGAGGGUCUUUGAGACACUGCACAGAAUCCUGUUACUCCCUUCUCACUUCUGAUAGGAUGAGAUGGGAUUGGCUGGUUUUAACAUUUUGGCAUCAUGCUAAUUGGUUAUUUCUGGUGAUUUGUCAUCCUUGGCAGAGCAGAGGUUGCAUUGUUUUUGUCCUUGGUAUAUUUUAAUUGCUGCAAAAAAAAAUUUAAGAAAAAGGUAUCUAAUAAAUUUACUGAAGUUAUAUGUGCACAUACAGUUAGUGUAACAGGGCAAUCUGGGGAAUGGAAGGGUUGUCUGCAUCUUUCAUAUCCUCAUCCAGCUUUUCCUCAAUGUACUGUGGAAGUUACUGAAUCUCUGAAUCUCAAGUAACUGAUACUUUUGCUCUGGUUCUCAAGUAAUUUAUUCUUUUAUUCUGUUGUUAUUCACUCUGGAAGUUUAUUUUCAAAUGAAAAGACUGCUAUAAAAUAUUAAUUAAAAUAAAUGAGCCAAUACAAUUCCACAUUGUGAGUGAGAAUUGCAUACAGGGAGCUCACAAAGAUCUGAUCAGGACUGGUCCAAGACUUCCUGAGGCAAAGGUCAAGAUGGCAACCUUUCCAUAUACAGUACAUGAGUUGCCCAGUCUGACAGCUGGAUUUUAUUUCAACACUGGUGAUGGUACAAUGCCAGCAGUAGCAAUUUUAGGGCAGUAGGCUGGCUUAGGAGUGCAGGCCAGGCCAUGUGACACACACAGCUCUGUCUUCCUAUAUCCUGCUGCUUCUGUCUGCUCCUCAGAACUUGCCACCUGAAGUGGCUGCCUUACUCUUACUCUGCCUUACAUUUAGAAGACAUCUGAAGGCAGCCCUGUUUAGGGAAGUUUUUUAUGUGUGACUUUUUAAUCUUUGUUGGAAGCCACGCAGAAUUGCUGGGGAAACCCAGCCAGAUGGGCAAGGUACAAAUAAAUUAUUAUUAUUAUUAUUAUUACCGUAUUUUUCGCUCUAUAGGACGCACUUUUAUCCCUCCAAAAAUUAAGGGGAAAUGUGUGUGCGUCCUAUAGAGCGAAUAGGCUGCACCGCUAAGCCCAAAGGCAGAACAGGGAGACGGAGCGCUGCGGAGCGCUCCGUCUCGCUGUUCUAGCUUGGGGAUGGCUGCGCGCAAAGCCUCUCCAGGGCAGCGGGGUGCCUUCAUCCCGCUCUCCUGCAGAGGCUAGCAAGGCUGUUCCCAAGCCAGAACAGCGAGACGGAGGGCUCCGUUUCACUCUUCUAGCUUGGGGACGGCUGCGCGCAAAGCCUCUCCAGGGCAGCGGGUGCCUUCACCCCGCUCUCCUGCAGAGGCUAGCAAGGCUUUUCCCAAGCCAGAACAGCGAGACGGAGCGCUCUGUCUCGCUCUUCUAGCUUGGGGACAGCUGCGUGCAAAGCCUCUGCAGGGCAGCAGGGCACUGCGCUCCAAAGGCUUCAGGGAUCUUUGAGGCUGGCGGUGGGGGGAAGCAGCGCUUCCCCCCACCGCGAGCCCCACACGCUCAGGUGAAUGCACCUUGAACGCACCUUGUUUUAGAGGGGGAGAACAAGAAAAAAAAAUUUUCCCCCUGUUCUCCCCCUCCUAUGGUCCGGUGCGUCCUAUAGUGCGAAAAAUACGGUAUUAUUACUCUACCUAAUACUAGGGUUGGCCCUACUCCCGUUCCUCUGAUCAACUUGAUACAAGGAAGGAAAUACCCAGGGGUUUUUUUCCCCCCAGGAACAGUUUUCCAUAAUUAUAAUGGCUAUAUAAACUUCUUUUGGGUGGGAAAUCCUAUUUGUCCAGUGUAAACUCAGAGGAUUUGUUGUUAUUUGUUAGCCUGAAGAAGGCAGCAGCUGACCUAACUAUGCAUUAUCAUUGGAGCAUGACUGGAAAUGUAAAAGCAAUUGGUGUUUGCUCCGUAAGAUAAAAGAGACGCAGGUGGUGCUGUGGGUUAAACCACAGAGCCUAGGACUUGCCGAUCAGAAGGUCGGCAGUUCGAAUCCUCACGACGGGGUGAGCUCCCGUUGCUUGGUCCCUGCUCCUGCCAACCUAGCAGUUCGAAAGCACGUCCAAGUGCAAGUAGAUAAAUAGGUACCGCUCUGGCGGGAAGGUAAACGGCGUUUCCGUGCGCUGCUCUGCUUUGCCAGAAGCGGCUUAGUCCUGCUGGCCACAUGACCUGGAAGCUGUACGCCGGCUCCCUUGGCCAAUAAAGCGAGAUGAGCGUUGCAACCCCAGAGUCGGCCACGAUUGGACCUAAUGGUCAGGGGUCCCUUUACCUUUACCUUUUACCGUAAGAUAAAAUUGAAAUUAGAGUGGUAGCUAAAGUACAAUCUUAUGCUUGAUGGGGGAAGGGGCAGAGCUUUCUAGUUUGGCCCUAUAUGCCACCAAAUUACUCCUUAUGCAGAUAGGCUCUAUAACUUGGGAGGGGAGGCAGGAGAUGUUCUCCACCUAUUCCCAUCCCCAACACUUUCAGAGGAAUGCUUGCUUGCCUCUUCACCAAAAUGAUAUUGAAGGGCAAUUGGUUAUUUGUUUUGGAGUGGGGGGCAAGAAGAGGGGCACAAAAGAGUUAUCCUCCCCUUUCCUCAAUGCUUGUGAGUCCCUACUUGUAAUAUUAAAGGCAAAGGCACAGCUUCUCCAAAGAGGAGGCUCUGGGGCUGUUCGAGUUGCCUUUGGGAAUAACAGGCCUCUUCCUUGCCCUUCUUUGCCCGUGUCAGUACAGCGUAUAUACCAGAGGUCAGCAGACUUUUUCAGCGGGGGGCCGGUCCACUGUCCAUCUGUGGGGGGCCAGACUAUAUUGGGGGGGGGGGAAUGAACGAAUUCCUAUGCCCCACAAAUAACCCAGAGAUGCAUUUUCAAUAAAAGCACACAUUCUACUCAUGUAAAAACACACUGAUUCCCGGACUGUCUGCGGGCCGGAUUUAGAAGGCGAUUGGGCUGGAUCCAGCCCCCGGGCCUUAGUUUGCCUACCCAUGGUAUAUACCCUUGUGGAGCACUUAACAAAGUACACAGGAAGUCAGGAGCAAUCAUAAAUGCCACAGCCCCAACAUCAGUCACGGCUGCAGCAUUGGUCGAGUCGCAAUAGGUUCCUAGCACAGAUAUGAAUGAUAGGUGGAUUAGUGGCUCUGCAUUACAUGUCAUGCCAUACUCUGAAGAUACCAUAGGUUGCAUUCAACUAAGCUUUACUCUGAGUAGACCCAUUGAAAUUCAUGUAGGUCUAUUAAUUUCAAUAGAUCUGCUCUGAGUAAAUGUUAACUUAAUGCAUCCCUAAGUAACACGAUUAUAUGAACCUAAAGUGUAGACUUUGUGUCAUUUCCUGGAAAUAGGUGUCUUUGUUUGUUUGUGUUGCUUUGAUUUGAAAGCAGUUUGCUCAGGUUAAUUGUAUUUCUCUCUUUGUUUCCCCCCUUAGACUCCACUAAUAAUAUACCUCUUUCAUUUCCUGAUUGAUUAUGCUGAGCUAGUAUUUAUGGUAAGUAUUUCUUUCAUUUUCAUCCACAGCUCAAUUGCCUCUCUUUCAGAGCUUAUUCCUUGUUUUACUGAGAAUGUAGAGUACACUUUCCUAUAUAAUAAUAAUAAUAAUAAUAAUAAUAAUAAUUUAAUAAUUUAUUAUUUAUACCCCGCCCAUCUGGCUGGGCUUCCCCAGCCACUCUGGGCGGCUUCCAAAAGUAUAUUAAAAUACUGUGAUGCAUCAAACAUUAAAAGCUUCCCUAAACAGGGCUGCCUUCAGAUGUCUUCUAAAAGUCUGGUAGUUGUUGUUCUCUUUGACAUCUGGUGGGAGGGCGUUCCACAGGGAGGGUGCCACUACCGAGAAGGCCCUCUGCCUGGUUCCCUGUAACUUGGCUUCUCGCAGUGAGGGAACUGCCAGAAGGCCCUCGGUGCUGGACCUCAGUGUCCGGGUAGAACGAUGGGGGUGGAGACGCUCCUUCAGAUAUACUGGACCGAGGCCGUUUAGGGCUUUAAAGGUCAGCACCAACACUUUGAAUUGUGCUCGGAAACGUACUGGGAGCCAAUGUAGGUCAUUCAAAACUGGUAAUAUAUGGUCUCGGCGGCCGCUCCCAGUCACCAGUCUGGCUGCCACAUUCUGGAUUAGUUGUAGUUUCCGGGUCACCUUCAAAGGUAGCCCCACGUAGAGUGCACUGCAGUAGUCCAAGCGGGAGAUAACCAGAGCAUGCACCACUCUGGCGAGGCAGUCCGCAGGCAGAUAGGGUCUCAGCCUGCGUACCAGAUGGAGCUGGUACACAGCUGUCCUGGACACGGAUUUGACCUGUGCCUCCAUGGACAGCUGUGAGUCCAAAAUGACUCCCAGGCUGUGCACCUGGUCCUUCAGGGGCACAGUUACCCCAUUCAGGACCAGGGAAUCCUCUACAUCUGCCUGCCUCCUGUCCCCCAGAAACAGUACUUCUGUCUUGUCAGGAUUCAAUCUCAAUCUGUUAUAUAUUGUACUCUUAUAAAUUCACACACACACAUGAAUUUCUAAGAGUACAAAAUACAGAACUGAAGAAUAAAAAAGAAAAAAGUGAAAGAAAAAAAAGGGGGAAAGGAAAAAAAUUAGAUAUAUUACAUCAAUCCAUAUUUUUUGUGAACCGCCCUGAGACCUCCGGGUAUCGGGCAGUAUAUAAAUUCAAUAAAUAAAUAAUUCUGUUCCAUCAACUUCCCAUCCAUCCUUCCAUGGCUCCCGAAAGUUUCCCAUUCCUGCUGCAUAUGCUAUUUUUUCCCUAACUAUUGAAACAUUCAAAUUCUACAGUACACUUUCCUAAACAAGGUGGUAGUUGUAAUUUUUCCUCCAGAAAGCCUUUAAUUAUAUGAUACUCUGUUGACAUGUGGCAUAUCUUAGAAUGGAUUAAAUCUAUACAUAUUUUUUCCUUAAAAAAAAAGUUAUCAUGGGAUGUUUGCUGUUUGCUUGCCAAGAAAGAUAGAAGUGGAGAGUUUAUAAAUCCCAGCUUUAUUGCUUUUUAUACUGCCUUAGAGAUAGUGAAGAAUCCAAAAAUUAGUAAUUUCCCAUUACUUUUCCUGUUGUGGUUCGAGGACCCGACCCCCGCGAUGUGAAAUGAAUACACAAGGACACGUGAUAUAAGGUUAAUGGGCAUGGAAAGGCCACAACUUUAUUGAUUACAGCAGUGAAAAGGUAUUGGCUUAGGCAUUGGAUCUCUAAAACACGUGGGUUUAUUCACCAGUAGGUGGAGCCUGUUGAUGCUAAUCCAACUAUAGGCUCCCCCCUGAUGUCACCGAGGGUCGUGCCAUGGCCUCCCGCCAAGCAGGCAUCGGACAGAACACACGACCGCCAGAUUCCUUUAACGGAAUACCCAAAAAUUGAAGGCAUAGGCGAUGGCCACACCUAGCCCUUCGACACACCACAACACAUUAUUCCAAUGCCUAACCUACCCACCAAUACCACGAAAGUUGUGACGAUUGCUACGAAGUAGGCGAAAAAACCAAAAGGCCUAAUGCCAAAUGGAAAAACUCCUACCAGGCCCCCUGGACAACCAGGGCGACCAACCUAAGGUCCAUAGCAAGGCCAAUGACCUAAGCCCUAACUCUAAGGGAGUGGAGGGUGGGUGACUCGCGACGAGACGACGGCGAAGAAUGAGGCCAGGGAGAGGCUGGCACCGCAGCAUAAGGCUGCUGAACACGCCCCCUCCGAGGCACCUGGUUGGAUGCCUGCAGAGGGGGCGUGGGCACCAGCCAGGUGAGGUGGAGGCAGGGGGCAACAGCCCCCUGCUAGGGGCGGUGCUCGGGCUCCCGCCCACAACCACUCCCCUCUCUUCCAGGGAGGAGAGUCUUUAUUAAUAAUUUCCUACCAAAAGCAAGUGCAAAGGUCUGGUGACCUCAGUAGGACUUCUCCCAUGUUAUAAUAUUGGAGUUACAAUAGUGUUUGUGCGCCAAAUGUAUGUAAAACAAAUGAUCAGAGGUGUGGCUAAUUUUGCUUGACUUCAUGGCAUUCCUGUCACGGCCAAGUUUGGAUUAUACUUUCCCUUACCUGUUUCCUAUGCAUAGUGGCCGAGUGAGAUCACACCUUACUUUCCUACAUCUGAUACCUCUGGGGUGUCCAUUUGUGGGUGUCAUGUCUGAAUGUGGUGUAUAUGUAUAACAUUCAUUGCAUACAGACCAAAAUGGCAUAGACUCUGCAUGUUGGGCCUGUAUGCAUUGCAUUUUACAGGUGUGCACCAUACUUGUCUUCUCAGUUGUGAAAUUGCAGUAAGAUUCUAAUCUUAAUUUACCGUGUGAGAGGGGUUUACUGCUUCACAAACAAAUACUUCUGCUAUCUGGUUCUAGUCUCACCUGAAUUCAAAAAGACCCACCUGUGCUAAAUUUUUCUUCUUCGUUCAAAGUAUCAGGUCACAGCUGCAAUUAUCACACAUUUAACAUGAUGGCGUGGUUGAGCUCUGAAACAGAGUUUGUCAAGCUGUUGGAACUCGCGUGGGACUUCAUGAAUGAGCUCCACUGUCGACUAGGUUCUCAAAAUGCUCCGUUUCCUAGAUCCUUCCAGGGAGAUUGAUGAGCCAAUGAUAUUGUGUUAUACCUGGGACUGCCUUUAAAUGUGAUCUAGAAACUUUCGUUGGUUCAACAUAGGGCUACAAGAUUGUUAACUCUGGGACUGGCUGAUAUGAUCAUAUUACACCAGUAUUUUACCAUCCGCGCUGACUUCCAGUCUGUUUCCAGCCCAAUUAAAAAUGCUGAUAGUGACCUUUAAAAUCUUAAAUGGCUUUGCGCAGAUAAUUUGAAGGAUUGCCCGCUCCCCGGAGGCCUUCCUCUGGCCUUUCUGCAGGUACUCCCACCAAUUGAGGUUUGGUGGGUGGCUUCCAGAGAGAGGAACAGCUAUGGAACCUCAGUUCUGGACUAUCCGCCAUACUCCACCUAGUGCCUGAAUUGUGGGCUCUUUGGUGCCAGGCAGAUACCUUUGUUUUUUCUCAUUUUUUUCCAAUCUUAAAAUUUGAACUGCUGUUGCUUCUCAUUGCCAGUUUUUAAUCAGUAUUUAUUCUUCUGCUGGCUUUAUUCUGUUUUGGAUUUUAUGCUUAUGCAGUAUUGUGGUUUGUUUUUGUUUUUUUGUCUUUUUACUGUAACCCACCUGAGGUAUACUGGGAAUUUUACACUUGAGAUGUGUAUUUUUAGAACCCACCUUAUUUCUGUAUUUUAUGUUGCUUUAAACUGUUCUUAAUAAUGUGUUUUAAUUGUUGUAACCCACCCUGGAACCUUGGGGUGAAGGGUGGGUAGUAAAUUGUAGUUGUAAUAAUAAUAAUAAAUAAUAGGGUGCUGUAUAAAUGAAUUAAAAAUAUAUAAAUCAACUCAUCAUAAUUUAAACUUGCAGGUAGAAGAAUACAAUUUUAAUAUGUUUUUGGCCCAUGAUGUUUGCAUUCCUAAACAUUGCAAAUUGCCUCAGAAGCUGAUGUUACUUUUUAAAAAACAUUUUGUAAAGUAACAUGUUUCAUUGUGAUCCUUUACAUUCUCAAGUGUUUUUCAUUAAUAUUGGUGGUAUUUUUUUCAGAUUACAGAUAUGUUGACUGCUGUCGCUCUCUAUUUGGCCGUUCAGGAUUACAACAAAGUUACGGUAAGUAAACAUGUGUCAUUUGUUUAUUUGGUUACUGUCCACAUUGAUAGGGCAUUUGCUGUGUGUUGUCUUCUCUUUCCUCAUUUUUCUUUCUAAUAAGCAUUUUCUUUACUUGUUGGGUUACCCACCUGCUAUGUGGUGUCAUUUGUAAUUUCAAUAUCUGCUCCCACAUAUUGAAAUUUACUGUCAAAGAUCUUCACAAUAGUUACAUUAUUUCGUAGUCAUUGAGUACUGAAACCACACAGUAUCACUCUCACACACAAAGAGAAAGAGAGAAUAAGAGGGAAGCAGGACAAUAAUUGGGCGAGAGAGGGCAAAAGGCUGCAUUUAACUCUGCUCAUGAGCUCCGCUUUUGUUUCUGCUGGAUUUACAUCCAAAUGCAUUUUUGCAGCAUGAUGUUGGAGUGGGAAAUUAGCCUUUCUUAGGCACAUGGCAAUACCUGUACCCACUCUUCUAGUUUUUUCAAUGCUGACUGCAGUGCAUGCCUCAUGUGCAGUAAGUAGGCAGUGCAGACCAGGUCAUACAGCACUCGCUGCUUUUCUUGCUGUUCCGCUUUGCCUUCCCAUUGCAUGAGCUGUGCUUAAACCAAGAAGCGUUUAAUUGACUAUAGCUUCCAAUUUCAUGCAAACUGGGAGACUAUAGUUGCCAGUGCCAUAACAAUCCAGGACAUUAAGUCCUGGUUUGAAGUUGGGUUAAUAUUCUAACUUGCUUGGAAGCUGGUGACCAUAGUUUCCCAGUUUGAACGAAAAAUGGGAAACUAUGGUUAAUUAGAGAUGUUAUGGUUUGUGUGCUCACAACAGAAAGCAGAAAGGGACUGUGGGUGCAGGGGGGAAAUAUUGUAAAUAUUUUGGCUUCAAGGUAUGAUUGUCCCAACUCAGCCAGUCUAGUCUAGUAUUCCAGCAGGACUGAUUAAUCCAUACCAAUCCCUUUGAAGUACCAUUGAACGGAAUAUGAAACUAAAAACCCUCUCUGGAAAGGAGAGGAUAAUACUUUCCUUAUGGUCAGUAGAAGAGAUCCUCAAUAUAGAUUGAUAUGCCCAUUAUCUUGGUGAAUCAUUUUCCAGUACAAAUAGGAGGCAGAGACACACAGUCAGUAUCCACCCAAUAAAUCUCAAUCUAGAUUGUGACUUGACCUUUUCCUUAUUAACUCAUGAAAACUGAAAGGAAACUACUGCAGCUGUAAUGCUUGCAAUUCAAGCAGUUCUGAAUGCUGUCUUCUGAAAGGUCAAUAUUGAUUUAUCUAGCGAGUGACAUUUUAAAUAUAUAAUUACAUCAAUAUAUUUCUAAAAUUGUCCUCAAAUGAAUCUGAUGUAGUGUUGAGGAGGGAAACUGCUGUGGUUUGUAGAUGUUCAUGUCACGCAAUAUACGGUCGUUCUGCCUGUGAAAAGCUAGUAACAAAAAAAUCUAAGUACUAAGUUUAUAAGCUUUGGGCUAUAGUAAAAAGAAAUUUUCUUCAGGCAGCACAAUAAUGAGGCUCGGUAACUUAUACAAAUACAGUGAUUUGUGACAUCUCAUUUUUCUUUCCUAUCUAGUUUAAGAAGCAAAAGCUACUAAUAGAACUGGAUAAAUAUGCACCUGAUGCAGCUGAGCUUAUUCGGACCCCCAUGGAAAUGUACUAUAUCCCUCUCAAGGUUGCACUGUUGUAAGUAUUGCCUUCACUGGGUAAAAAUCUUCUAAUACACAGAACAUGUAUUAUAUUGGGCUUGGAUCCAAAGACGUACUAGUGCAAACCUGUUCACACAGCUGGGCUUUCCUGUCUCCUCAUUCUGCCAAGCAUUCCAUCUUCUAACCAGCAAACUAUGGUUUGAUUAAGACAGGAAAUAAUGAAUUAUGCCCCAUCCACGAGGGGAGGAGAGGCUUGGGAAGGAAAUGGCAUAGAAGCCCACCGCUCAUUCACAGUUCUCAAAACUAUGUUUUGGAGCAUUGUCUGCUACACAACCAUCCUGUCCAUUCCAAAGGUGCACAAGACUGUUAUGGUUUGUGGUUUUCCCCUCUCUUUCCCCCCAGUAAACAUUUCUGCCCUUUCCUUCUUGUCCCUCCAACAAGAGGGAAAGAGGAUGAGCUUCAUGAACCCAAUGAAUAGUGUACUACCUUCUGCUAAAAUUGCAGACUUCUUUCCCAAAACUACCUUCACAAGUUUGACUUUCAGAAACAGAGAAUCUGUCCUUCCUCCUGCCCUGAUCCAAUUUCUUGAAGGAGCUGCCUAGGGCUUAUCCCAGGAUAGCACCCAAGGAAAGGGCUUUUAACUCACACACCUUAUCUUGCUGUGUCUUUAUUACUAAUAGUUUUAUUAUAAUGGUAAUGAUUCACCCAGAAUCUCACCUACUGAGCAAUAAUCUAUCUGUGCGUUCCUUUUGAGCCUAGUGAAAAGAAACAACUGAAUUGUUCGUUUUUAUUAUUAUUAAGGAACUGUAUCUUAAAAUAAUUAAAAAGAACCAUCCUCUGGAAGAUAUACAGUGAUGUGUGUGUGCUUUUUAAUCUUGUAAUCUCUCAGCCGCUCUAACUCAGCUGUGUUCAAGGCUUGCAACACCUCCCACAAAGCCUGCCACCCACACAGUUGCAAUCCAGCCCAUUGUAAGUGUUCUCCUGUUAGCACAUAAUUGUCCUUGAAUCAUCUUCUCUGUGUUCCCUUAAUUUCUUUAAUAAAACCUAUUCAGUGGCAGACCAUAUUUUUUCUUAAAGAUGUUGCAUGCUAUUUUCUCCCUGUUUUUACUGUUUAUCCAUUACCAAAUGUGGAAGGACACGUAUUAGUAAUUGUAUAUUAAGAAAUGGGGCCUCCAUCAAGGUGUUACUCAUCUCUCAGUAAGACUGCUUCUGUUCAGUGUGCCAGCCAACCAGCCAGCCAGCCAUGCCCUCUUCCCCCAGGCCAUUCCACUCAGUCUUUCCCCAGUUUUCUAUUUUUCUUUUCUUGCAGAAAACUGAACAUGCUCAGUCCUUAUUGAGCUUUUCUGGGAGGGAGCUGCCCCUUUGGGGUCUUCCUGUACUCUGGCAAAACUCAGGGUUUCCCUGCGCAUUUUGAUACCCCCCUUUUGUUUCUCAGUGACCAUUGUUAGCUACAACAAUGUUUUAAUAUUCUGUUGGGAGCUGCCCAGAAUGGCUGGGGAAACCCAGCCAGAUGGGUGGGGUAUAAAUAAAUUUAUUAUUAUUAUUAUUAUUAUUAUUAUUACAUUCACCACCUGAAUUUACAAUUAGAGGGAAUGAUAGGUAGGUGAAGUCUCAAGGUCUGAAAGGCUCGCAGCCUGAUAGUGCAAUCACAUACACGUCUGCUCAGAAGUACAUCCCACUGGCUUCAUUCCCAGAUAAGUGUGUACAAAAUUGUAGUCUUAGUCAAAAAGAAUAUGCAUAAAUGAAAGAAGAAAUGCAUAGGGGGAAAGGGAAAACAUAAUCUUUCUAAUACUUCAUCAACCUGGUUCCCAUGUAACGCUAAGCCAAACCAUGAUGUAUCUUACGUAAGCAAACCUUGGUUCCCAAAGAGAACAUGGUGGCUACUCUGGUCCUGCUCUGGUCCUAUCGCUACCAUACUGUGAGAUAAGCCAUGCUUUGGGUCAGGGUUACAUUUGACAGUGGGCUGAUGGUUUAUCUCCCCCAGACAAACCAUGAUUGCUGAAUCAUAGGAAACAAACUUGCUACAGCUCAUGGUUUGUCUUGAGCCACAAACUCUGGUUCAAAUGUAAUGCUAGGCCAAACCAUGGCAUAGCUCACAGUAGUGCAGCUUCAGCAGCGAGACAGGUGGAGGAGCAAAGCAACCAUGAUCUUUUCUUUAGGAACCCACACAUUUGCUCGUUUGCACUACUAAACCAUGGUUUGGCUUAGUGUUGCGUGCAAACUGAACGAGUAUAAAAUAUAUCAAUCCAGCCCUUUCAAACUCACAUUUUUUAGUUCCGCUACAUAUAAAGUUUCCAUUCCUCUACCCAUCCUAAUCUCACCCCCUGCCAAUCUCACUUUGCGUUCAAAAGGUCAGUUUCCCCUAUUACAUCAUCACGCUUCCGAAUGAGAUUGCAUUUUAAAUGUACUCUUUCUCCUCUAACAUUCUCCUUUCCUCCUUAGACUCUUGUAAUUGUCUUGUACUGUGCUGGAAAAUAGGUUUGUCUGCAAGGGCAGUACUUAACUUGGCAGGGUCCCAAAGGUACCAUUUCAGUUCAGGGUCUUGGAUGACAAAGCAUGUGCAACCCAGAAAUAAAAAAGAGAUGGCAGAAUCCUGAUUGCUUGGGGUUUGUUUUAACUCCUUAUCUGCAGCUGCUUAUUUUAUAGAGUGCCCUUAAUGUACAGAGUAACAUAAGCAAAAAGAAAAAGUACAAGUCUCUACCCUAAGCAGCUUAUAACCUCCUUUUGAUGAAGGAGAAGGAAAGGAGAAGCUAGAUAAGCAAAGGGUGAAUGUGCAAAUACAAUUAUGCAUAAUUAAGGUUUGUAUCGGCUGGGGAUGCAAAUACAGGGUUAGGCCAAAGGUUUCACAGAAGAACUAGGUCAGAGGAUGAAGUGGGAGAUAGAGUAGGCAUUCUGGGACCUUGACUUUGCAUUUUUGCUCUUUUCCAGUUAUCUCUUGAAUCCAUAUACUGUGAUGUCUUGCGUUGCAAAGUCCACUUGUGCCAUCAACAAUACCGUAAUUGCAUUCUUCAUUUUGGCAACGAUUAAAGGUAAUUGAUGUGGGGGAAAUGGGCAUACCUCUCAGUUUUUCUUUUUAUAACAUUUGAAAAAUGUGCCACUUUAAAUGAGGAAAAUAAGUGUGUGGUUGUGUUUGAGCUGUCAGGCAAACCAGAUCGCAGAUAGGUUUGUGGUUCUGCAGUCUUUGAUGUCACAACUGAAAACCUUUUCGGUCUGAAGGCCACAUUCACUUCUGGGCAGCUUUCUGAGAGCCACAUUGCCAGUUGUGGGCGGGGCCAGAGGCAAAAAUGGACUUCCGCUUGUGCAGUGGGUCUUCAUCCCCCCCCCCCCAUGCCCUACAUGCCCCCUGAAAUUGGCUUGGGGGGUGUAGUAUUGUCAGGUUAACAGCACACAGAGGGAGGAGAGGGAAGACCAUUCCAUCUGGCGAUCUGCAAUGUUUACAUGGAGGGAAUGUUUUUCUUAGCACCCUUCAAUCUCCUUUUUUGACCAAAUGCUUCCAUUUUAGAAGCCCGUUUGAGUAUGGAAAUUCUAGUGAUUAUCAGCUGUCGCAAUUAUUUUGUUUUCCUGUUUUGCAGGUAGUGCCUUGCUCAGUGCUGUAUUUCUGGCCUUAGCAACAUACCAGUCCCUGUACCCUCUCACCUUGUUUGCACCAGCCGUUCUGUAUUUAUUGCAGGUAAACAUUCUACAGGAGCAAAAACUAUGUUUUUAAUACAGCUUCUGCUAUCAACCAUCAGCAAACAGAAAGAGCAGCAAGCACAAACCAAUAGGUACCACAAUGGCACCAGUUGCCAACAGUUUGCAAGACUUCCUUGGGGGCAGAUGGCUCAAACUGGAAAGCAACCUGCAAGUUGUUUUCAGCUCGCCAUGGCUGGGACAGAUCACUCUUCCAUUCUCUUGUGGCCAAUGUUACUGAGCAAAUUGUGAAACGCCAGGCAUUUGCCUGUGCUGAUCUAGCUAAAGUGGGGAGAGUUUUGAUGACUGUCUUUUCUUCUGAAUCAACUAAGUCUAGGAAGGCCCUGCAGUUGGCAACAAUUCUCUUUCCUGCCCUUCUGUAGAAGAUGACAAGCAUCUGACUUCUCUUUUUCUGAAUGUUGAUCUGAGUCCCUGAGGGAGUCAGAUGCAUUUGCAAUCUUUAAUUGUUCAUGUAUCUACACAGCCCUGUAAAACAGAUUAAAUGAGGUUCUCAGUCAGAGGGCACAGGAUAUUUCCCCAAGAUUUGGGGAUUGAUAAUAAAAUUUUGCAAACCAUUUUUUAGUGGUUUUUAGCCCAUUGUUACCCUACCAUUCCCAGAUAUUUAGGAUUUUGCACUAUUAUUAAAAUACAAGUGCCUUCUGUAUUACAGGCGCUCUUCCAUAAAUAUGCAAACCCUGAUCUGGAAAAGGUGGGGUUUUUUCAUAUUAUAUGUUUCCAUUUCAAAAAACUUACUUUGUGAUGUUUCUCCCCCAAUAGCGUCAGUUCAUACCAGUGAAAAUGAAAAGCAAAGGCUUCUGGCUUUACACCAUGCAGUAUGCAGCUCUGUAUUUGGGAAGCCUGGUGGUGAUUAUCUGUCUCUCAUUCUUCCUCCUCAACUCUUGGGAUUUUAUUCCGUCUGUGUAUGGUUUCAUGUAAGUAGAACUUUCACUGGAUCUGUCCAUCUGUAAAACCACUGUCCCCCUUAAGAGCUUCUUAUUAUACUUGUGAGUUCAGAACACAAAACAGUAGAACAGUUAAAAUAUUGAAUUAAGCCCCCUGUUGUUAAAAGAUACGUAUGUUUGUUCAAUGUCGUGUUAAUUAGGGGUGAUUCAUUGCUGGGUGAAUAGUGCAACUUCAUUUAUCUGAAUUGUUUGGAAGAUAAACAGUUUGGAAGAUGGUUUGGAAGAUACUUGAUAAACAGGAGCUCAAGUAAAUUAGUGUACAGGACUAAUUAUGUAGCGCUGUUUAACUAAAGAGCAUUCAAUGAUGUUUGGAUAACAAGCAUUCAUAAGGCUGAGUUUUGUUAUAAUGGAGAUCCUGUAAAUUAAGAGAAGCUGUGUUCAAAGGCUCUUUAAGAGCAGUUGUGUGCUUCCCAUAGACAUCUGAUUGGCCACAGAGAGAACAGAAUAGUGGACUAGAUCCAGAAGGAUCAUCUUAUAUUCUUAAUUCAAGUAGUCACAAUUCCUGGAGAAAGCCAAUGUCUAAGAGGAGUUUAGAUUAUGUGUGGGUUAAACAUGGCUCAAUGUAUUAAAUGCUAACAAGAAAGGAAAAGCAAUAAACAAUACCCGAUGUUGCUCUGCUUGUUACAUCCUUUAGGUAAGCAUAGCUUCUGAUACAUAGCACAGUCAGUAGGGCAUGAGACACUUAGUAUCAGGGUCGUGGGUUUGAAGCCCACAUAAGCAAAAGGUUCCUGCAUUGCAGGGAGUUAAACUACAUGACCCACGUGAUCCCUUCCAACUCUGCAAUUCUGUUAUUCUAUAAGGAGCACUGCCUCAAAGGCACCAGUUCUUUGGACAGGUUAUACAGAAUGUGCUUGCACACAGUGGAAAGAUGAGAAGCCCCACAGCCUCCAGAUAUUUCAAUUUGAAACGUUAGAAAUGGAAAGAUGUGGAACUAAAUGUUUGUCCCCAGUGCAUUGUGUUGUUGUUGUUGUUGUUCCUCAGAGUCAUUGUUGUUUACCUAAUACAGGACAAUGGUGUUCCUUGAAUAAGCUGUUAUGACCAAUAGGUGUCACUGUUUUCCCACAGAAAUAAAUUUUCGAUUGAAAUGGAACUGCAGGUGUCAUAGUGACGAUAAUGGGGGAAAGCCUAGCUUUGGGUGGGUGGGGGAGGCAAUGCUUUGUUUAUUUUUUUAAAAAAUAUAUAGAUUGCUUUUCAAACCAAAUUGUUCCCAAAACAGUUUGCAAAUAUAUAUACAAAAAGCUAAACCACAGUGCAGUGUUAUAACUAGAUGAAAAACCAGACCUUUUAAAUAGUCCAAAGUACUGCUAAACCCAGCAGAAACUGACAUGAGUGUGGCAAAGAGAGAGAGAGAUACAGACUAGCUGCUAAAAGCAGCAGUAAAAAGAUUGAUCUUUAAGGCCUGUUUGAAAAGGAUGGAGCAAAAGGAUGGAGGUUUCCUAACUUCAUAUAGAAUUGAGUUCUAAAUUGUGAGACCACGGCCAAGAAGUCCCUGUUCCAUGUGCACAACAGCCUAUCUUUAUAGGUGGGCACCUAAGUGGGGCAUCUGAAGCAGAUUUUAAGGCGGGGAACGAGGUCCUUUAAAUAUAAGCUGGGUCUCAAACUAUUUAGGGCCUUAAAUGUCAUCACGAGCACUUUCAGUCAGGCUCAGACACUGGUAUAAUAUGGGUGUAAUAUGCUCCAGCUUCCCAGCCACAACCUGUGGGUGGGCAGUUAUAUUUUGCACCAGUAGAAGUUUCUGAACCAUUUUUAAAGGUAGUCCCAGGUCUUUGUAAUGUCUUUGUCGUUAACGUGCCGUUUUUACUCUUAAUUGUUCGUUGAUCUACUGUUCUACUAAGCUGCAUUUAUACUCCCUGAUUGUGACAUUGUGCCAUCCAUUCCAGCCUUUCCGUUCCAGACCUGACACCCAACGUCGGCCUCUUCUGGUACUUCUUUGCUGAAAUGUUUGAGCACUUCAGCCUCUUUUUCGUGUGCGUCUUUCAGAUCAACGUCUUCUUUUAUACUAUUCCCUUGUCGGUGAAACUAAAGUAAGUAGACUCUUUUACUCUUGCCUCUCUCUUUGCUGCUGCUGCUGCUUCCUCAGUUUCUGCUGGCCAGGAGUGUUAAUUUUUAAUGCUGCUGACAAAAGCUUUUGCUGCGCAAGGUAGUGUAAAACCAUCACCAGGAAUGAUCAGUGUUCUCUUCUGGAGGGGGUCUUAUUGCUCACUUUAGCUUGGCUAAUCCUUGUUGAACAUCACUAUUAUUCUUUUAGCUGAAGCUUGGUUUAACAUAAUGCUGUGCAUGUAAGAGAAAAAUGUGCUGCAUUCCGCAUAGCUGGCUUCAUGUUUCAGCCAGAACCUUUAACUGCUAUCCAUGGUGUUCACCUGGACCAUGAAGCCAUAGCAUGCUUACACAGCACAUGCAAUCCAAUUCAAAUGAGAUGGAGCAAACACACGUAAGUUUUUCUUACAUGUCUGAUGCCAUGCUUACAAUUGAGCCUUAUUUGUUGUAUAAAAGAGACUCUGCAUAUAACAGCAGAAUUAUUCAGUGUUGAGUUUGAGGUUUUAAUUUAACUCUUUUAUACGUCCUAAGGAAUAAUGGUGUAGUUAGGGUUGACAGUGCUGUGUAGCUCAAAAUAUGAUCUGCCUCCCCUGGUGAAUGCAAAUUAAAUAAAGUGACAUAAACGUUGCUUUGUAUGCAUUAUUUAUUUAUUAGAAAUGUUGUGUCUUUCAAAUAAUUUGGAGCUACAGAGGACGGAAAAGAUACGAAAGUAUGAAUGAGGUUUCAUGUGUCGCAACCUGUUGCUACAAAACUAUACACAGACUGUUUCAUCAUUUAACCUCAUCUAUUGUUAUUAUUUAGGUAUCUGUAUGCCUUUCAGGGCUACACAGCCCCUCUCAAGUGGGUGGUUUGCAAUAAAAAAAAUUAAGAUAUUAAAAUAAGACUUUCAUAAUAACAGUUCAAUCUAAAAAUCCGAGUAGUUAUAUUAUGCUUAAGAACCUAGACUGUUCAGAGUUGUUCAUGAAUGUGCCACUUUGUCAAUCUGUUUCAUGCAUCUUAUGAAAGUAUCUUGCUCGCAAAAUAAGUAAGCUGUCUCUGAGGUGCUAUCAAAGCAUUGCCAUGUUGUGUAUUGAUAUGUUGACCGUGGGUGACGGAUGUUUUGUAUUUGCAAACUAGAUGGAACAAUCCCCCUCUCCUCUUCCCACACACUUUUCCAGGGGUUCUCUCAACCCCCAGAGCCAACUUGGUGGGACAGAGGGUGCAUGUGGGGACAGAAGGUGGAAAUCCCACUGCGCAGGUGGAAGUCCUUAUGCAGGGCUUCCGCUGAUGGGACUCAGGUGAAUGCUUCCCUUUGCAGCUAUAUUUUGGCUGUAUAAACUCUGAAAAUGAAAGCUAUGAGAUAAAACUUAAGAAAUCACUAUACAUAGUUCUGCAAAUCAGAACUUAAAGUCACUGUGUUUUUUUUACUUGUCCUUGGAAGACCUGGGUUAAAAUACCCUGGCCUCAGCUGUGAAAUUAGCUUGGUAGCCUUGUUAUCUCACAGGGUGGUUGUGAAGAUAAAAUGCAAGGAUGCCUAGGAAAGGCCUAGAGGCCUAGAAACCUCCAUUAUUAAGUUGCAGACUUGGGAGAUCCAUUUUGUCCUUCUUGGUUGGAGUCAUGCCACACUCUGCCUGUCCCAUGUGCUUGCAAAGCUAAGAAUAGCAUGGAAGGGAUUCAUAUGACCCCAUGUUGUGACUGCAGUGUGAUGGCACCGUAGUCUCUCUCAGUUUGAAGGCACCGUCGUCUGUCCCUUUCACACCAUGUUUUCACUUCCCAGCAACUGUGAUCAGUCUGAUUUUGCCCAGAUAUUUCAAUCUAGUUUAAUAUCUCCUUUCCUCGUCAACUAUAGCCACAACACAUACUAUAGGCCCAGUCUCGUGUGACGUUAUUUUGAAAAGGGAUGUGAUUGCCAUUCAGUUUGUAGGCAUCAUCUUUGCCUUGUCGAAGUCAGAAGGCAGCCAUGUUUCUGCGUGCUUCUUGCACAAGGACUCCCAGCGUGAUGCAUGGGAGAUGGAGCAAUGGAGCUGAGCCAUGAAUCUUAGCGGGUGGCCUUGGGCAAGUCUCUCGGCCUAAGUUAGCUCACAGGUCACCCAGCUUGCAAUUUAUUGUAAGGAUAAAUUGGGACAGCUACAUUCACGCCACUCCUGAGUUCCUUGGUGGAAGGGUAGGAGAUUUAUUUUAUUUUUCCAUUUCCUCCAGAGAGCUCAAGGUGACAUACGUGGCUCUCUUCCUCCCCAUUUUAUUCUCCCGACAACCCUGUAAAGUAGAUAAGACUGUGAGAGUGGCUUUCAGUCAAAGUAGGGAUAAGAAAAUGUUCUGUCAGGGCAAGGAUUGCUCAUUGUUCUAUAAAAUGUUCUCCUUCCUCUCUGUGCCUGGAUAGCUCACUUGGUUAGACCAUGGUGCCGAUAAUGCCAAGGUUGCAGGUUCGAUCCCUGUAUGGGCCAGCUGCAUAUUCCUGCAUUGCAGGGGGUUGGACUAGAUGAUCCUCAGGGUCCCUUCCAACUCUACAGUGCUAUGAUUCUGUGCUAUCCUAUGCUAAAUACGUUCCAGGGGUUCCUUCAAUCCUCUGGAGAAGAUUUGGGGAUGGCACAUGGCGCUCAUUGGUGGAGGAAAGGGAGGGGAUCUGCCUUUGCACAAGCAGAAAUCCUUGUGCAAAUAUGUGGAAUACUGUCCAAUGGCUAACCCAAGGUCACCCAGUGAGCUUCAUGGCUGAUAAGGGAUUUGAACCCUCAUCUCCCAGGUCCUACUUGAAGACUUUAGCUGCUACACCACACUGGUGCAGCAGUCAGAGCUUCGUGCAUUGGAAGGGUACAGCAUAAGAGUUUGCCCCUCUCUCAGACUGUAUUGCUAGACUCUCAAGUUGUGGUGUAGGUCUUUCUGCACACAUGCACUCUGCUGCCUCUGUCGUUGUCUACACCCAAUUCUGUCCACCAUGCUUCCUUAUGCUACCAAACCUGUACUCAUGUUGAGUGCAUAUGAUGUCAUCUAAUGAAAUAAUGGUGGCAAUACGACAAAAACUCAUAGCUAGAGUGUAUAUAUCACAGGUGAGGCUAAACUAUGUCUGAAUGCUGGAAGAAGGAGGGGGGCAGAUUUUGUAUUUUAAAUACUCUUGGUGGCAGGGAGCACAAACCACAGAAGGCUAGGCUCCAUCCUGACAUGGCAGAUUUCCCCAGGCAAAGAGCUUUGAUGCAGGGAGUGUUCAAACAUUUGUUUUCCGCCCCAGUGUGAAAUGGUGCUAUCCCUGCCUAAGGGUUUUAAUUUUGCUGUUAGAAGGCCAGCUGGUUACACUGAUAGUACAGCAGCCUCUACCAUUCCUGCAGCAUCUACACCAUCCAGUUAUUUACAGCCUUUUCUGUUUCCCCCCUCUAGGGAGCACCCCAUCUUCUUCAUGUUUGUUCAACUUGCCAUAAUUUCCAUCUUCAAGUCCUACCCAACUGUGGGAGACAUUGCCCUUUACAUGGCCUUCCUUCCACUCUGGAGCCACCUGUAUCAGUGUAAGUUAUUUUGCAUUUUAUUCUUUCCCCUCCUCCAUCCCUAAUCCGGUUGUUUUUGCCCACCUUGGAAAAGUCGUUAGUGACUGCCGUUCCUUGUUGGAAAGUGAGUGGAAAGCGUUUAAAAGUAGCAUUUAAAACGACAGAGGAAUGAUUCAGCCAAAGUUCUAAGACCUUUUGAUUUCAGUAGGAGAGAACCAAGCACAUGCUUAUCUUUCCCAGUGAGAUCAAUGGAAUUCAAAAGUGAUUCGUUUGUGCUGAUCUAAAAUUGGACCGGAGUGUGUAUGUGUGUGUGUUGCAGCUCAGAGCUCUGGCAUUUCAUCAUUCUGGCUGUUCAGCUGCAGCUUUGCAAUUGACACUUGCUCUUCUUCUUUCUCCCUCCCUGUAUGUAUGCAGACUGAGAAUAAAUCAUUCUUCAAGAUGGCUUUAAUUGCCUGCUGUGAUGACGUUGACAAAUUCUAGUGAUCCAGCCUCCUUUCACAACAGGAAGCAUUUGUUUUUCUUCCUGGAGUGACUUGCUUGGGGGCAGGUGUUGUAAUCUCAAUCGUUCAGCUGUGGCUGACUGUGUUUUGGAUUAAGAAUUUAACCUGUUUCUUUUUUAGUUCACUUUUGAGUUCAGCCCGGCUACUCAAGCAAUUUUGGUAGGAUCAAGUAUCAUGAAAUCUACUGAUAAUUAGUUUCAUCAGAAUGCAUACAAAGAAUUUUCAAAACCUCCCCCCCCCCCCCAGUUUUACUUUAAAAGUGUUUAAACUGGUUUUGUCAGUGAAUCGCCUUGGGAACAUUUUUUUGUUAAAAGGCGCUAUAUCAAUACCAGAAGCAAGUAAGUAAAUUGAAACGCUUAACCAACAACCAACAUUAGUUAUGGGAAUUGUCUUGUGCUGGCAUGACUAGUGUGUCUGAAAAGUAAAAAAGGAAAUGCUCUGCAAAAGCUAUACAAAAUGUUUCAUUGUAUUUUAAGACGGGAAAAGUUUGGUCCAAAUUUAGCUUUCCAUUCAAUCCCCAUCUUUAUUUAUCUUCCAGGGUUAUUGCUUAGACUUUUUGUAUGUUGCACCUGCUCAAAUAAAAAACGUGGAAGCGAUGGGGUGGUGGCAUUGGGAAAUGAGUGCAGAAUAAGCCUGUCAACGCUUUCAUGUGACACAGGAAUUGCAGUUAAUUAUUUAUUCUAACUAGAGGGAUUUCUAUAGCAGCUGUCUCUGGAACAACCCUCUAAAUUAGUAUCUGCCACCCCAUUGUAGUUGGUGUGGUACAAUGCCAAGGACUCAUUAGUAUACCAGCUAACCACUUUUAAUGACGCCUCUGCUUUUUGUUGCAGUCCUCCGGAAUGUCUUCAUCCUUUCCUGUGUGCUCAUUGUUUGCUCCCUGCUCUUCCCGGUUUUAUGGCAUCUCUGGAUUUACGCAGGAAGUGCCAACUCAAAUUUUUAUUACGCCAUCACUUUGACGUUCAACGUAGGACAGGUUAGUAAAACAAGGUGGUGGGUGAGGUUUAAGUAGCCCUCUUUUAAGUUCCUUGUAAUAGAUUUUGUACUGGACACAGAAAUAAAAUAUCAUAGGAAUCUUGGCAUUACAGCAAUAGGCUAGAAAGUGUGUGUGCAUGCAUGUGUGUGUGCGCAUGCGCAUGUGUAAUAUCUAGUGAAAUCUCCAGAGUCGGAGGGGGAUUGUUAAGUUGCCUCACACAGUUCCAUGCCUGUCCCAUGGGCCGGAGCUUAGUUGGAGAAUAUCUCCUUUGUAUACAGAAGGUCCCAGAUUCAAACCUCGGCAUCUCCAGGUAAAGUCUGGAGGGGCACUUGUCUUAAAUCCUCAAGAGUUGCUGCCUGUGCCAGUUUUGACAAUACUAAGUGGACCGAUGGUCUGUCUCAGCAUGAAGCUACUUCCUAAAUUCCUAUAUAAUGCCUGGAAUAAAUUUAAUAAUAAUAUAGUCAGGUAUGCUCAGUUUGCAUAAUUUAUUCAUGUUUUCUUGGCGCAUAUUUUAUGUUUAAUGAAGACAGGGCUGCCUAGCUAGCAUCUUACCUUUGAAAAGUGAUUUGUCAAAAUGUGUUCAUGUUGUGUGUUUUGUCCUGCAUCUCCUGUCUCUCUUUUGGUCCCAGAUCUAUAUGGCAUAAGAACAAAAAUGGGGAAGUGUAACUGCAGGAUCUUGUUAUCUGAAUGCUCUUCUUGUACAUUCUGAUUUGGGGCAUGGCAGCUUAGAAAAGCAGUUGUUUCCCUUGUUAUAGGUGGAUUUUUCGAUUUGGCUUGCUAGCUCCCUGGACCCAUCUGCUCUUAUCUGGCUCACCACAUUUCACUGUGCAGCCAGGAGUGCUCCACUAUUACUAAAUGUUGGGUCACCAGGAAUGGGAAGGGGCACCGCAGCAAUCUUGCAAUUGCUUUAGAUCUCCUUCUUAGCUGUAUUGCUCACUGUGCUGGAGUGUUCUGUAUCAGAGAUUCCGAAUUUCCUUUGCAUUAAGCAGAUUUUGCUAUGAACUAGUAGGGAGCGGAGUAUUACAGAUGUGACUGUGGGCCUCCCAUGAUUUGUGCAUCCUUGCAUGGUAUGUAAGCUAAUGCCAAAGGGGUGUCACAUAGUCAUCUUUUGUUCUCCUUGUGCUCAGUACGUCAAGGUAAUAAUCCACUUCAGUGGAGAUUUUGGCUUCUAGACUAGGUCUCCUGUUACUCCAUCUGUCUACUUUAAUUGUAUAUUUCAUCAUUUGAAGCAACGCCCCUCUCCAAAUUUCAUCGUUGCAUCUAUUUCUGUUCCAACAAAAACAAUUAAAUUUCUCCCUGUUGCUGAUCUCCUGUUAGCUUCAAGAUAAUUUCUUGCAAAACAGUUUGGUUUGAUUUUUCUCCUGAAAGGUAUUAAAUGUUCAUUUUAAUCUUAAAAGGGACAUAUAGUUGCUUUGCCAGUCUCUGGGGUUGGCAAAUUGGUCAUUUGCACUGAGCAUUCUUCUAACUUGGGCCUGCUUAGGGGGGAAAAAGCUGAUAUAUUAAAGAAAUUAGAAUAAAAACUGUUGUGAGUGUUUGGUACAAAGGCAGAGGAGAUCGUUAGAAAUUCAUCACUUUCAGGAACCUCACUGGAGAGCAAUAGGCCCUGAGAUACUUAUCCAAACUGCAGCUUUAAAGAUAUGGGGUAAUUAGUGAAACAACAAUUUUUCUGCAGUCCCUAACUGAUAUGUUAUAUACAUACCACAGAUUGUUAUAUACAUACUCUGAUCAACCUAGUUAAAUUUAAUUGAACUGCAUAUUGUGUGCAUGAAUCUUGUCAAUACCAGUAUUUAGUGAAUGUGUGGGACUUACUGUCUGAUAACUUUUACACUAGAAUUUCUAACUUGAAAAGACAAAAAUGACUGUGUUCCUCCAUCCCUAAACUGCCUAUGACAUAGGCUUAGAAAUAGCAAGAUUGCAACGCAGAGUGAAUUCAGUGUAUACUUGUCCACUUUUUAUUAGCUUUGUGGUGUCUUUUUUAAAGCAUUUACAUUGGUGCCUCGCAAGACGAAAUUAAUCCGUUCCGUGAGUGUCUUCGUCUAGCGGUUUUUCGUCUUGCGAAGCAACCCUAUUACCCGCUUAGCGGAUUAGCGCUAUUAGCGGUUUAGCGGCUAUUAAAGGCUUAGCAGCUUAGCGGCUUAGCUGCUAAAAGGCUAUUAGCGGCUUAGCGGCUUAGAAAAAGGGGGGGAAAGCGAAAAAAAAAUCUCAAGACUCGCAAGACAUUUUCGUCUUGCGAAGCAAGCCCAUAGGGAAAUUCGUCCUGCGAAGCAACUCAAAAACGGAAAACCCUUUCGUCUAGCGGGUUUUACGUCUUGCGAGGCAUUCGUCUUGCGGGGCACCACUGUAUUGUCUUUGUAACCAACUUGGUCUCCAGUGGUUCUUGCUUUAGAUGCAAGAGGUUCUGGGUUUGAAUCCCAUAUGGGACCUUGAAUUGGAAAAAAAGAGGGUCUAAACUUCUAGAAUUUGGGGAGGGGCCAUAGAGCACAUACAUUGCACACUAAAGGAUCCCUGGAAUCUUCAUUUGUGUUGCGAAAGGCUCCUACUUUAAACCCUGGAGAACUGUUGCCAGACAGUGCCUAUGCUACUAAGCUACAAGACAGCGUCCCAUGGUCAUUGCAAAUAUAGCUAGCGGGUUUCUUAACAAAUUAAAACAGAAGUGCUCUGAGGACCAGUAUGAGCCUGCAGGCUGGACAGAAGUAUUUGGGAAGCUGUGCAUUCCAAAUCCAAUUGCAAGAGUCAUAAGUUGUUUCUGCCACUAUUCUUCAUCUCCUCUAGCAGCCUGAGCCUAGAUAUGCUUCCGCAGUUCAGUGGGGAUAUUUUCCAAGGAGAGUGUACCUUGGAUUUCAGCCUAAGCCGCAGUCCUUCACUUUGUCCAGUAUGUCUAAGGCAGGGUUUCCCAAACUUGGGUCUCCAGCUGUUUUUGGACUACAAUUCCCAUCAUCCCUGACCACUUGUACUGCUAACUAUCAACCUCCCAUCAACCUCUGGGGAUCAAUAUUGACCACUUUGGGAAACCUUGAUGUACACAGAAGGCUCCAGGUUUCCAUGCAGAAGGUCCAGGUUCUCUAGGUAGCACUGGGAGAGUUUCCCAGCACAAAUCCAGAAAUGCUGCCAUCAGUCUGUGGAAACAGCACUAAAGUAGAUGCUCUGAUUCGGGAUAAGGUAGCUUCCUAUGAAGACUUUUGUGAGCCUUCAGCUGCAGUCUGGAGUUGUGCAGUCCACACUGGUCUAUCAUCUCAUCUGCUGUUUGUGUAAACUAGUUGAGAGUGUUAGGUUUUGAAGUUCAAAUCCCCAUUCAGAGUCACUCCAUACUGUAUGUGACUGAUGACUACUUUAUCCCUUCACCGCUUGUCCCUAAGGUUUCCGGGAAUCCACAUCUCCUCUUCAUCUUUUGAGUUUAACCAUGGAAGACCUGCAGUAUAUAAAUAUGGAGUGACUUACAGCUGGAUAUAUUUAGGUCAGGGAUGGGAACCUGUGGCUCCCAUCAGCCCCAGCCAGCAUGACCUCUGUUUGUGUUUAAAAGUGUACCUUGGAAAUUGCAAGCUUUUUAGGUCCUCUUGGUUUCUUUUGCUUGAGUAGAUGGUUUUCUGCACAGAUGGUUACUUUCAGUCUCCUUCAUGCAGAGUGACAGGUGUGCUGUCUUUUUGAAUAUUAAUUGCAAGAGGAAGAAUUGGGUCAAAAUGAAAUGCUCCAGGGGUCAGGUGCACAGCACACUGGAAGCCAUUAAAACAUUUGCUGCUGUGUUGGAGAAAUAUAAGGUGCCUAUGUUCUGAACGCAAACAAGUGUGGGGGACACAAUUCUGUCCUGUCCACUCCCCAAGCUCUCAGCCUUCAUGCUUCUUUUGCUGGUGUGGACAGUAGCAGCCAACUGUAGCAGAAAGGGUUAGUGGAAAGGGUGCUGAUAAAUUUUUAUAUUUAAAAAAAAUUGCUGGAAUAUGUUGGCUGAAUGCAUACGUGGUUUCUAUUAGACCUUGCUCUCUCACAAACUAUGAUGCGACAAUAUAUUUAUUCAUAGAAUCAUAGAGAUGGAAGGGACCCAAAGUCAUCUAGUCCAUCUCCUUCAAUGUAGGAAUCUCAGCUAAAGCAUCCAUGACAGAUGACCAUCCAAUCUCUGCUUAAAAACCUCCAAGGAAAGAGAGUCCACAACCUCUUUUGGGAGUCUGUUUCACUGUCACACAGCUCUUACUGUCAGAAAGUUUUUCCGAAUGUUUAGUCGGAAUCUCUUUUCUUGCAACUUGAAGCCAUCGGUUCGAGUCCUACCCUCCAGAACAGGAGAAAACAAGCAUGUGACAGCCUUUUAGAUAUUUGAAGAUGUCUAUCAUAUCUCCUCUCAGUCUCCUCUUUUCCAGGCUAAACAUGCCCAACUCUUUCAAGUGCUCCUGGUAAGGCUUAGUUUCCAGACCCUUGAUCAUCUUGGUUGCCCUCUUCCACACAUGUUCCAGCUUGUCAACAUCCUUCUUAAACUGUGGUGCCCAGAAUUGGAUACAGUAUUCCAGGUGUAGUCUGACCAAGGCAGAAUAGAGUGGUACUAUUACUUCCCUUGAUCUGGACGCUAUACUUCUGUUGAUGCAGCCUAGAAUAGCAUUACCUUUUUUUGCUGCUGCAUCACACUGUUGACUCUUGUUAAGCUUGUGGUCCACCAAGACCCCUAAAUCCUUUUCACAUGUACUGCUAGUAAGCCAGGUGUCCCCCAUCCUAUAUUUGUGCAUCUGGUUCUUCCUGCCUAAGUGCAGAAUGUUACAUUUCUCCCUAUUGAAAUUCAUUUUGUUAGCUUGUGCCCAGUUCUCCAAUCUGUUAAGGUCAUUUUGAAUUCCCCCAGCUACACUUUGAUAUGUCACUGAGUUCUAAAAAGAAAAGGCAUUUAAGGAGGAUUGUUUAUAGUGCUUCUUCUGAAGAAAUUAAUCUUCCUAGGAAAUCAGGACAUUGGGUAGCCUUACAGGUCAGGAGUUGCUGGUCUCUUUCAGCCUGAGGGUUGCAUUGGUUGUUAGCCACAGCAUCUACGGCAGCUCUUCUCAGAACAGAUUGAGCAUUCCAGAAUAAAAUUGUUAAGAUAAUGCAUCAUUGUUGGGUUUUUCCUUACUGCUUCAACACACAAUCUGGCUAUUCUUGAGUAGCUUUAACACCCUUUUGUUACUGGUAAUGUUUUUUAUGGUUUAAAAGCCUUACUGCUAUGCAGGUUGGCUUGUGUCUAUAAUAGUUCAGUAAAUAUAAACCAAAUAAACAUUGAUAGUGUAAAGUACAGCAUGUCUUGGUCUGGAUGUGCAGCCAUUUUGUUCCGAAUGAAUCAGGUGUCACUCCUGCCUGUGUUUUCUUCUCUUCCCCUGCAGAUCUUGCUCAUCUCAGACUAUUUCUACGCCUUCCUGCAGAGGGAGUACUACCUCACUCACGGAAUCUACUUAAUUCGAAAAGACAGGACAGACCCCAUGCUGGUUCUCAAAUAAAGUUGGCAUCUGAUGCGACUAUGGGAACAGACAACGGAUGAUACUUGGGGAGGGGUGGGGAGAUACCUUUUUUUGCGUAUGGUGAACGGGCUCCUGUUUGGGGAAUAACCAAUUCAGUGCUGGUACAAAGCGUGAUGCAGAGAGCAUGAGAACGGGUUGAACAGCCCACCUGGGUGGCCCACAGCCGCAUCAGAAUCUUCUUGUCACCGCUGCGAAUGUCACUCAUCAGUUCUGGAUAAUUCCUCAGGACUUGAUGAAAUGCAUUUGAACUGACACCAAGGAGGGGUCUUGCAUCCAGGCAAGUGACAAGGCCAUGGGUGGUGAUUUUUUUUAUUAUUAUUAUUAUUUCUUGGGGAAACUCCUGGGAAUUUUCUCCUUGAGGAAAGGAAUAACUUCAGCAAGCAUUUAUUUGGUUCCUCUUGCUGCUCUGCUUCCAUUGCUUGAAUUGGCAGCUCGUCUGCCUGAUGUACAGGGAUCCUUGCGCCCUCGGGAGAGAAUGGGCAGCUACUCUUGGACACUUAUUCUCCUUGCACUGAUACUGGAGACUGGGAGGCCCCAAGUAUUCUGUGUGCAGUUUGGUGCUCUGGACAAAUGGUCAGUUUGAUGUGCGUCAGAGUGGAGCUGCCCAGUGGAAGCAGCCUGGGAGUCAUGGAGAUUUGCAUUCCGCUGCUUGUAACCCAGGUAUUCGGAGGACGUUUGGUGGAAUCACCAGGUGGAUCAAACUUGUUCACUUUUCUUUAAUGGGGAAACACUAUGGACAUGCAAAUGAAUCAUUCAUGUGCAGUCUUACGAAAAUGAAAAUUAAGAGUUACAGAAAACCCAAAGUGAAUGCAUAUUGACCAGAGAGGUCAUGGCUGGGCUACAUAAUCCAUUCAGCUUUUAAGAUUCAUAGGAAAAUUAUUCUUCCAAGCUCUUCCCAACCUAAGAUUUGAGGCCAGAAAGCACAAAAGUGGGAGCGCUGUUAAUGGAAUGUUUGGGCCCAACAGUAGUUAUAACCAUUACAUAUUCUACCCAAAGUGUUACUGUUUUAGUAGGAGAAGCAGUAAAUUGUGACUGUAUUAGAAAAGCAGCUAUGCAAAAAUGGCUACCCCAUCCCACCCGCUUUUAAUGCUUGUGUGUUCAGUUGGUUCACUUCCCUUCAGUAACCAAGAGACAGGUAUUUUUGUUUGGAGAUGGCUGCUAUUUUUAACUCUUCUAGCCCAGCACAGCUACGGCUAGUUUCUUUCUCUGACAUUUUAAUUUUACCAAUGGUGUGGUUCCCUCACCGGGUAGCCAAACGAGACCCAGCCAAACUCCUAAAGCCCAGAAGAGGCCCAGUGACAAAACCACUCCACCUUUAUAACUAUAAGCAGAAGAGAUUAAUUUCAGACCCACUGAAUCUGCAAUUUAAUGUGCCCUCUGUCUUUUUUCUUUCUUUCUUUUUUUUUGCAAAGUUGCUCCACAGGCUAUAGCUUCCUUUCUCUUACAGUGUAUUAAAGCAAUCUUUCAGAAGGGAUUUUUUAAAAAUAAAAAUAAAAAAGCUUGCCUUAUU